AUGGAAUCUUAUGAUAUCCUAUUUUGUAUUAGAAAUGAACUGGAUGAUACUACAGAAGAGUGGCAAUAUUUUGUUCCAUACUUGUUACCACGUAAUGUUAAGCCCUUUGAUUUGCGUAAAUAUCAUGCCUCAGAUUGGCUUUACAUCGGAUACGAGAAAGGAGAUAUUCCAUAUGGAAUUUUUCACAGCCUGCUAUCAUCUUGUUUAAUACAAUGGAAUAAUAAGGUUGUAGAAUUAUAUUAUCGAUGCGCUAAAUAUUAUUUAGCAAAUGAUGAUCAUUACCUGAUAAUUAAGAAAGAAGGACCUUACAUUGGUUUACAAUAUUGCUAUCAGAAAAUCAAUCAGCUGGACAUUGGUAAAUUGGUGAUCGACAAAGUUAAGAAUUCUAUAUUUAACAAGCGGCCGCACGAUAUUGUCAAGAAUAAGCUUAUCUCCAUUGUGGAUAAAAGGAUGAUAAAUUUUCAAGGGGCUCGUUGCCGAUUUUACGUUAAAUGUAACGAGUGUAAUGAAGAAAUAAGUAUAACCGAAGAAUAUAGAGAAGAAGACAGCAAUUGGAUUCGAUGCGAGUAUUGUACUCAGCAAUUUGCUAGUCAAUCUCUCCACGAUUGGAUGAUUUAUAAUAAAGAGUUAUCGAUAGAGCGAUGGAUAGAUGUGAGAGAUGACGAUCCUAGAAACUAUUUUCACUUGAUCGCUAGUUGUGUUGGUGUAGACUGGACAAAAUUAGCUACAGUCCUAGAUCCAACAAUUGAUACUGAGGUUAUCGAAGCAAAACAUCGUGGUCAUGCCUAUAACAGUGCCAUCCAAUCGCUUAAUCAGUGGUACAGAAGGAAAUACCCAAAUGCUACUCUUAAUCUAUUGCGGAACGCUUUGGAAACGAUUGACAGAAAUGAUAUUAUUAUCCCAAACGAACAAAAUUCCUAG